AAGAUAUUUUCUUCCAAAAAAAUUAAUUGGUUUUUUUAAAGUUUUGUUCUGGUUAUAUUCUUCAUUUCUGUCUCCAUAUGGGUAUUGAUCAAUUCUUCUUAUACUAUCAUGUGUUUGACAAUUUCAGAAAUACAUAAAGUCUUUCAAAAAUUGAAGUUUGACAGAAAGCAAAAAUCAAAUGAAAUAAAUAAAUAAGAAUUAUAAUUUACUAGUGAAAUAAAAUUAUACAAGAUUUUGUGAAUUACUUGGAAAGAACAGUCUUCUCGUUUGGAACAAGUGACCACGACGUUGCAAAAUCUAAAAUAUUUAUUUUCUUGUGACCAGCAAGAAAAUAUAUAUUAAGUUUGUAGUCAAUAUUCAAAAGUAAGACUGAUUGAAUAUAUUAACAUAAAUAAAGGAUCUAUAAAUAGCUACAUGUUGAAGAUAAUGAUCUAAAACUAUUUCAUUCAGCUAUUUGUUGAAACAAAAAAUGUCUGAAAACGUAGGGAAAGAUGAGAGGAAAGUCACUGAAGGGCAAUGGACUACCGGUUUAUACGAUUGUUUCUCAGAAGAUAUCUCUACAUGUUACUUCACAUGGUUUUGUCCUUGCGUUGCGUUUGGGAGGAUCGCUGAGAUUCUUGACAAAGGAGAAACAAGUCAAGGACUUGCUGGAUUAAUGUUGGUGGCAAUGUCUAAAGUUGGAUGUGGAUGGUACUAUGCUUCGAAAUACAGAGCCAAGUUGAGGAACCAAUACUCGUUGCCCGAGGAGCCUUGCUCGGAUGGCGCAAUCCACUUCUUUUGCUGCUCAUGUGCUCUUUCUCAAGAACACCGCGAACUCAAAUAUCGGGGUCUUGAUCCCUCUCUAGGUAACCAAUCUCUUUUCUCUUCUCUUUUUAGCAAUGAUGCCAUUUCUGAAUUUAAACGUGUUUGUCGCCGCUACGAUUAUUUCACUAUAAAGAAAUUGAUUAGGGAAGGUUUCUAAGAACAUAUAUAUGUAUACGCCACUUACAAAGCCACCAUCCAAGACCGUCCCAAACCAAUUAGAGUACCAUUCUUCAGUAUUAAAUAUUUUGUUUUGGAAACCCUACACACAAUACACUUAUAUGUAGAGAAAUAUUGAACUCAACGACUAAGAUAUUAUCUUGGAUUAUUAAAGAAAAAUUAAGAGUACAACUUUAACCACAUAGAAUUUUAUAUCAGGAAACCAGCUGGCAUGUCUUGUAAGCUAAUUCUACGUCUCGGGCUCAUGAUGUCAUGAGUGAUUCAUUGAUUCAGAUUUAUAUAUUAAACAAACUUGAAAAUAGAUCAAUGUAUGUAUUAGUAUAUAUAUUUUCAAGAUCAUUUCAGGAUUCUGUUAUAUAAUGUCUGUUAAUAUUCAGAAUCGACUAUUAAAAUUUUGUGUUCAAUGAAUAACACUCUGUACUAAAAAAGGUUUGAACUCUAGACACAAAAAAAAAAAAAAAUACCCGUAUGUUUAUCCAUAAGAUAUGUAACAUCAUUUAUAAAGUGUCAAAUUAUUAACACAAGUUAGAAUCACUUGAAAAAAAUUAAUACAAUUUAUAAUUUUAUAUUAGACAAAAUAAUUCAUGGUAGUAUGAAUUUAAUUUACAAAAAUUAAAAUAAAACGGAAAUAUAUAAGUUUACC